UCCUCUUUCCCAAAUGCAUCACACAGCAGAGCAACGACCGCGACUCUUCGCACAAAUUAGCGAUAAGAUCGGCAGCGGGAUGCCCCAGAAAGCACGAACCGUCCACAUCCGCACAGUGAACAACACCGGGACGUCGCGCAAAUAAGAAGGGGGGGAAAAAGUUCAUUUUGGAUCCAGCAGCCAAAGUUUGACGUAAUUCUCCCCCGGACACCAGGAAUAGUCUGGAGUGUCAUCAUGGAAGUAUUUCCUAAGGAAAAACAAGAGAUUCUCUCUCUCUCUCUCUGAACUUGAAGGUAAUCUGAGAAUGUGAAAGCUGGGGAGAAAAACCUUUUUCAGCCUGUUUUCUCUGAGGUUUUUUCCAGAUGUCCAUCUCCUGAUGCAGGCAGCGGCUGCUUUCUGAAAGAAGCGAAUUUCAUUUCAUCACUUCUGCUGGAGUUUAACAGCUGGAUCGUUCCAUAGAUACAUAAAAACACACAUCGUGUGUCUCCGAGGAGCUUUACUUUUGAUUUUUAAACCUUCAUGCUGGAUGUAAAGACUUGGCAGCGUUUCGGGGACGUGCAUGGACGCGUAGGAGACGAAAUGAAGAAGCAGUUUUAGUACAGAAGAGUCGGGAGUUAUGAUGGUAAUGUUGUUUGGGUGAAGCCGUCGGAAACUCACAAGGGAAGCCCAAUGAGUGGCACACAGUCAACACUCGCUGACAAGACUCCGAGCAUUCUCAACAGGGAGCCCACAGACUGGAAGCCAAAGAAUGAGAAACCCUCUCCUUCCCUCAAAAAUGAGUUCGACCCAACAGGUCUGGUCCAGCGCUGUGUGAUAAUCCAGAGAGAUGAAAAUGGCUUUGGGCUGACAGUAAGUGGAGACAACCCUGUGUUUGUGCAGCUGGUCAAAGAAGAUGGAGCUGCAAUGCGAGCUGGUGUGCAGACAGGAGAUAGGAUCAUUAAGGUCAACGGAACCUUAGUUACACAUUCAAACCACCUAGAGGUUGUAAAGUUGAUAAGAUCGGGCUCCUAUGUAGCCCUGACAGUGCUGGGGAGGCCUCCAGGGCUUCCUCAGAUCCCCCUGGAAGAGGAGAAGGAAGGGAACAAGGAAGGAGGAGACACUCUCUCAGCACCCCACUCACCUGCACUGUCAGGUGGGGAGCAAGGCAGCUUCUUGACCAGCAGCACACCCUGUAGCCCUCAGGACAACACCACAUCCUCCUCUCUGUCUGAUGGGGUUCACAGCAGCCCCCUCUUUGACACUGUGGGCUACAGAGGGACUCCCUGUCAGAGCCCAGACAUUAGUCGGCGGGAUGGCCUCAACAUCUGCACAUCGCCAGAGGCUGAGGAUGCCACUGACGCAGUAAGAUGCACACGCAAAUUUGAUUUGGUUGCGGGUAGCCCUCCUUACCUCGUAAACCCUCAGAUUAUUGGAGCAGAAGACGACUACUUUGAAUCCUCACAAGAACAGAUCAAUGGCGAGUGUACCUGUUUCCAGAGUAUUGAGUCGCUGAAGUCUCGGCCGGCACACCUCGCAGUUUUCCUCCACCAUGUGGUCUCACAGUUUGACCCUGCUCCUCUGCUGUGUUACCUCUACGCUGAUAUGUACAAGCAAACCAACUCCAAAGAAAGUCGACGCUUCUUUAUUGAAUUACACACGCUAUUCAUGGAUCGAACUGCAAAUCUUAAAGUGCCGGUGCCAGAGACCGUUUCUGCUGAGCUAGAGAAGCGAAGGCUGGACUUGAUCCCAGACAGCCUGUGUAAACAGUACAUUCAGACGUUACAGGACGCGCUGUUACCAGACCUGCACAAGAACCUGGAAGACUUCAGACAGAAGCGCAGCAUGGGUCUGACGCUGGCCGAAGACGAGCUCUGUAAGUUGGACUCUGAGCCAGGAAGAGACCAGCAGGCCUUGGAGAAAGAAUGCUCCUGUGCUGAACACAUCCUCUUCAAGAUAGAGGAUAUCCUGUUGACAUCACAGAGCUCAGAAGAGGAGAAGUGGCAAACAAUGCAGUAUGUGAUUCUCACCUACAUGAAGCACCUCGGAGUGAAAGUGAAGGAGCAUCGAGGCCUCGAACAUAAACGUGCUCGCAUCAAUUUCCCCAGGAUUAAGUUUCCCAACAUCCGCCCCCCUCGGCGUCCGAGCAGAGUGGACCCCACCCCAGUCGUGAAAGCUGUGGACCAGAUCAAGCAGCGUCCGCCAAAGCUUCCUCAGUCGCCUCUUGGCAUGUCUGAACCAUCAGACCAGUCCGCCACAAGUCCUGGACGGAUCCGCGAUGGAUCAGAUACCCAAUUAUUGCCUGCCACCACCCUCCCUGCACACAGUUCCCCCACCACUCAGGUCUCAGAGGCAGGCGGACAAGAGUCAGAAUCCAAUGUCUCUCCGUUCUGCACGCAGCCCAGACCAGGCGACAGCGUGCAGUCUGCUGACAACCACGACGGCGUCUCCGGUCCAACCGGCACUCAGUUUGACUUCAGCCCCUCCACAGUGGAGCAGCGGGAUGAAGAUCAGGAGGCCUUCAGGAUGGAGGUACCGGGUGACAUCCAGAGUGAAGAUGACCAAGGCGGAGAGGCUGAGUGUGAAGAAGAUCCUCUGAUCUGGCAGGGACUGGUCCCUCGAGGCGUCCUGAUGGGCUUAACGCAACAGGAGAUCAACCGGCAGGAAGUCAUCAAUGAGCUGUUCUACACUGAGCGUGCACACUUGAGGAUGCUGAAGGUGCUGGACUGUGUUUUCUGCCAGAGGCUGAACAGGGACGGCAUCCUUCCACCAGAAGACAUAAAACACAUCUUUAUCAACCUGGAGGAAAUCAUUCAGCUUCAUGUUUCUAUAACAGAACAAAUGACUGCAAUCAGGAAGAGGAACGAGACGUCUGUGAUCGGUCAGAUCGGAGAUGAUCUCCUGGGAUGGUUCAGUGGGGAGGAAGAGCAAAAGUUAAAGAGAGCAGUGGCAACCUUCUGCAGUAACCAGCCGUCUGCACUGGAGCUCAUCAAGACGAGGCAGAAGAAGGACCAGAAAUUCAACCUGUUCAUGCAGGUGAGUGCAAGACUCCCACUGCAGUCUACCACCAGGAGGAAAGUGACUUUGGAUGAGAUUUUUGUUCUUGUAGAGGACAUUGAGGAAAGGAAAAAGGUGAAGAGAGCUGGAGACUGUUGUAAAAAGAUCCUCAAACAUGUCAACCAAGCUGUGAAAGAGGCUGAAAACAAACAGCGGCUCGAGGAGUAUCAGAGAAGGUUAGACUUCUCGUCUCUGAAACAGAGUGAAAACCCUGUGAUCCUGGAGCUGAAGAAUCUGGACCUCACUAAGAGGAAGAUGGUUCAUGAGGGUCCUCUCUCCUGGAAAGUCAAUAAGGAAAAGACAAUUGAGCUGUACACACUUCUCCUGGAGGACAUCAUGGUCUUGCUGCAGAAACAAGAUGAGCGCCUGGUCCUAAAGUUUCAUGGCAAAAACAUGGCCAGUGUCGUCGACACCAAGCACACCUUCAGCCCCAUCAUCAAACUCAACACAGUCUUGGUUCGACCUGUCGCAACUGACAACAAGUCUUUCUUUGUUCUGUCCAUGUCCGAAAACGGGGCUCAGAUCUACGAACUGACGGCUCAGACGGUGUUCGAUCAGAGAACGUGGCAACAUCUAAUCACACAGUGUGCUGAAGCCAUGAAGGCCAAACCCCACAGGAGGGACACGCCUCCACCUCAGUCUGAUGCGGAGCGGGAUGCAAUUAAUAUCAUCAACAAUGGGAUGCCUAAACUGAGCAAAGAUGAGACACCGAGUGAAAGUAUCCGUUCUGCAGAUAUGAGCAUCUCCGAUAAAGUGGCCGCCUCUACUUCAGACAUUCAAGAUCCACCGGAGAGUCUCAACCCCUUCGAUGGAUUGAGAUCAGAAGAUGAAGAAGAGGAGCUGCCGAUGACAGACAGGCAGGAGGAAGAGGAGCAGAAUGGAGAGGUGGAUGAAGCGGAGCUAGAGGCCUUCCUGGACGGGCAGCUGGCGGAGAGACUGCUGCAGGAAGGAUCGCGGCUUGGCAUUGCCCUUGAAAAUGAAGAAGAGCACAAUGCUUUUGUCAUGCCUUGCUCCAAAGCUGAAGAAGCUCUAAAGACACUGGCGAUGCUGAAGCAGGCAGUCUUCACACACAUGUUAAGCAGAGAAGCAGAGGAGGAAACGGAGGAGAGCAAGCCGAGUGGAGCCCGUGGGAGUCAGUCGAGUCCUUCUUUGCCUGAGAGCCCAGAGGGGCCCUCUGCUACCUGUGAUGAGAGCCAGACAUCUGAAAGUUUACAGAAAGAACACCUGCAGCCUCCACCUGAGGCUGCUGAACGUAAUGGUGGCUUCGUGGUCCUGGAUUUCCCCGGCUCUGAGGAAAGCAGCACUGAUGAUGAUGUCGGAGUUGGAAGUGAUGUCGGGAUCGACAUGAGGAAACUGCUGUCUUCCUCCUCGCAGAUGGGAGGCGGAGGCCCCAACCUCAGUCGGCAGCUCAUGACCCACCUGCGCCUCCUACAGGCCGAUCUGCAGUAUCUUAAGGACAUAGAGAUGAAGUACAACGAACUGCAACAAACGCACGGCGAUGCAGCCACAGACUCGGAUGACAACAACGAUGGGAUUCAGUGACGAAAGGCUUCCUGCUCUCUCGGCUGUCAGAGCCAAGUUUCAUGUUGCUGCGUGCUCACCUUCCUCCACCUUUUACCACUGAAGGAUUAAUGUCUGAUCUCCGACUUCAAAGGACGGCGUCAUCGUCGCAGUCUGAAUUACUCCACUAUAAACUCUUUCACAAAGCAGGAGCAGAAGAGACAUAUCACUGAGUUUUUCAUGGACACUUUUUAGUAUAAUAAUAAUCACUGACUGCAUAAAUGAUCUGAAACACUGGAUAUAAUGAAUGGAAAAAGGCUAAGCCGACCAUCUGACGUCACAGACGUUCAGCAGAGAAGAAGUGAGACAUUAUGACUGUGACCAGUACUGAAGGAAGAUUUUCCUCUUCAAAAAACUCAGUGUAAAAGCCUGCAAUAGAAAAUAACCUCUACAUUAUAGAUAGAGUCAAUAUACAAGUGCCCAAUAAAAUGCCUAAAUGGAAGGUUAAAACACUCAUUCCAACCAUAAAAUUUACCCAGAAGGGAUUUAAUGCUGUUUUUAGCCAAGCUUUGCAUUAAACGUUAAGCAGGUGAUGGUCUGAUUUGGAUCAAAUAUCUAACAAAAACUCUGAAGCUCACAAAUCUACACCCUGAAUCAUUUUUUCAAUUACAAGCACAAAUAUAAUAAGGCAGUUUAAUGCUGUGAUUUCUGACUUACUUGCUCAGCAGUAAAAACCAGAUACUUUGAAGAUGAGUUUCACUUGAAACAGCCUCUUUUGAGGAAACUACAGGCAGCUGUGGCAGUCUGCUAUUGGCCAAAGCAAUCACACCGGUCACAUUGUUCCCUAGUGACGAGUGGUUGUCUGGGUAUUUUCUAUUUUAAUUUUAAAAUAUAAGAUAUUAAAAAAUCAGUGGGCUUUAGAGUUGGCGAUAGCUGUGUUUUCCUCCCUGCUUUUCAGUCUUAGCUAAGCUAAGCUAGCACACUUGACAGGUCUGGACUUUGCGUUCAGUAUGUUACGCUUGUAUUUGCUGCAUUAACACAAUUUCAGGAAGACCAAGACGAUUCUCAUUAUUCUGAUUUUGGAGCAUCAGAAAAGCUAAAUAUGAAUUUGUUGUAAAUUUCCUUUUAUUGUGUUAGAUACUACAUGUGUAGGUUGUUAACAAGUGACACCAGAUACAAACAAAACAGUGUGACGUUCCUUUUAGCUCAGCUGAUCAAAUAAGUGCUAAUAUUGAACUUUAUGUGGGUUUAACUUUGACUUUGCAGCUGCGACGCUCUCGGGUUUAUGAGAUAAAUUGGAGGAUUUAGAAGUUUUAAUUUCUCACUGACUGUGGGAUACAUUCUGAACGUCUCAUCUUAAGUAAGAAAAAAGGUGAAAAUCCCCGUUUCUUAUGAUGGCAGGUUGAUUUAGCUUUUUGUCUCAAGAAAACUAAAAGGUAAUUUCUUGAGAUAAUAAGAUGGUUUAUCUCAGAAGCAUUUUGUUUUCCUGUUAUUAUGUGAAGAUUAUAGGAAUACCCAAUAGCCCUUGCCUAUCUUGACCACUUAUGAAGUUAAAAAUAGGCAGAAUUACUAAAGUGACAUGUGCUGCUUCAGCUGGGCUAAUCGUAAUAAUGAGAGGCCAACAGGGACCUUUUAAAUUAUUUUUUUAACGGCCUGGCACAGAGUGACCAACAACAUGGCUUGGUGAGUCCAACUGGAAUCUAAAAAUUCAAUUAAAAUUAAUACAGUGAGGAGAAGUGGCAUAGAAAGCAGUAGGCACACUUUUCAAGCAUAUUCACAGUCCUGUGCCCUAAUACAGUAUUACUAAUAUUAUAGUAGAAUUAUAUGCAUGUGUGCAAGAGUUUAAAAUAUUUUUUGUAUUACAGCUGUUUUCACAGAAAAACAAGUAUCCAGACUUUAGUGUAAAAUAAAUCCUACAAAAGAAGAAGGCAAUUAGACAAGAAAUAAAAGUUUCUGCCUAAUAGUAUGACUCCUUAUGUAGUACGACCUUUGAGUCUAAUAAAUGAUACUGUGUUGCUGGAUCAUAAUUCAUUAUAUUUAUAUACAGUGGUGUGAAAAAGUGUUUCCCUUCUUCCUGAUUUCUGAGUGUUUUGCAUAUUUCUGACAGUUAAAUGUUUCAGAUCAUGAAAGAAAGUUUUAUAUUAGACAAAGAUAACCUGAGUAAAUACAAAAUGCUGUUUUUAAAAGAUGGUUUCAUUGAUUAAGGGAGAAAAAAUUUCCAAACCUACCUGGUUGUGUGUGAAAAAGUGGCUAAGUUCAGUUUCACCAAACAGUCAGGCCUUAUUACUGACAGACCUGAUGAAUCACUUAAAUAAAACCUGUCUGACAAAGUGACGCAGGCUAAAAGAUCCCAAAAAGCAACACAUCAUGCUACAAUCUAAAGAAACAGCUAAGUAGCAAAGUCACUGACAUCUAUAAGUCUGGAGAGGGAUAAGAAAGCCAUUUCUAAGGCUUUGGGACUCCAGUGAAACACAGUGGGAGCCAUUAUACCACAAAACAGUGGUGAACAACAUUAAAGAACCGCAGGCUUCACAUAUCUAAGUUAAUGUCAGAGGUCAUGAUUCAACAAUAAGAAAGAAACUGGGCAAAAAUGCCAAAGUCCUGACCCGAAUCCAAUUGAGAUGCUGGGGAAUGACCUUAAGUGGAUUCAUGCUGGAAAGGCCUCUCAAUAAGUGGGUGAAAAACAAGAAUUCUGCAAAGAUUAGUGGACUAAAAUUCCUCUACAGCUCUGUAAAACACUCAUUGCCAGUUCCUGCAAACGCUUGAUUGCAGUUGUUGCUGCUAAGGGUGGCCCAACCAGUUAUUAGGUUUAGGGUAUUCACUUUUGGUUUGGUUUUCUCUCUUAAUAAUAAACAACUUUGUUUAGAAACUGAAUUUUGUGUUUAGUUGUUAUCUUUGUCUUAUAUUUCAAUUUGUUUGAUGAUCUGAAAUAUUUAAGUGUGGCAAACAUACAAAAGAAACCCCAAACAAACAGGAAAUCGGGAAGUGUGUAUGUUUAAUUUUGCAACUGGUAAUAAUUUAAUUAUUUACAGCUGUGUAACAGUAUAGGAAUUGAAUUGAACCACUCCUAUCCAUGCUCUCAUGCAGUAACGCUGAACAUUGUAAGAUUUCCAGUGUGACUGAAUUGUGCGAUGACACCAGGAAGUAACAAUAACUUCUUUGAAGUGGGGAAGGGCAGUGACACCCCGUACCAAUCUGGAUACGCCCAUGUAGGAAAGAGUUGAACAGAAAGCUGCAAAGCUAGGCUCAUUUUCUCACAAUAACUAAAUAUAUAACUUGUUCAUCUCACUAGAAAACAAGUUUAAUUGCCUCAACAUAAAUUACUAGAUAAAUUGAUUUAUUCUCACAAAAUGAAAAAAUUGCAUUAAAAAAAACCUUUUAAAUUAUGUGCAUGUCCAUUAUCAUCUUCUGUAUUCCUUUAAUUACUAUACGCUUGCCAGUUACCAUCAUCUCUGUAUGAUUUUUCAUAGCAAUGCAGUGCUGUAUAGCAGCUGACUUAAACAGUCACAGAUUUUAAACACCCGGAAGCACUUAAAUGUAGCAAAAAAACAAACAAAACAAAAAAAUAAUGUCCCCAGUUUGGAGUCCAUUGGUUUUAUCCUUCUAUCAAAUAAACAGUAAAUCAAAAAACAAACAAAUCAUUCAAAAAUAAAAUGCAGAUGGACAAAAAACUCUUAAAAUAAUAAUUCAGAUGGUUGGUUGAUGCUUGGUUGACUAGCCGAAGUGUACGUAGUAAACCAGUUUUGUCCAACCUGUGUUUUUAACUAUAAAAAUACAUUCACGCAGACAUCUGCGCUUCACUUUUAAGGUUGGGCUGAAAAUAGAUUCACCGGCCACAAGACUGCGCCGUGGCUCCAGUUUGUGGAUAAAUAUGUUCAGGCAAAAACGAUGACUGCUUUGGACUGCGUUCAGGGUAAAGGCGUAUAUUGUACAAUGACUGCAUGUCAGUAAUUUUGUUCGUGUUUUUACUCGCACCUUUUUGUUUUACACCAUGCUAUCAUGUAAUGCUUUAACACAAACUGCUCAAAAAGAGGAGAAUUAAUCCAUUUUAUAAAUGUUAUUUUAAAUGUUAUAUUUUUUUGUUACAUUGUUAUUAACUCUGUUAACAUGUUUAUGACACAGGAAGCUCAUUGUUUGUGAAAAUUAAGGAAAAGAUGAAUGGAAAUUUUUGUUUAAUUUUAUUUGAUCUUGAUGGGGAAGUGAGAUAACAGACUGUGCUUAAAAAAUAGAGCGAAACUUUGCCCUGAAAAGUGAAGCGAAUGCUUAAGUGCCUUAAACUUGUUUUUGUCCAAAUGGCCAGCAGGGGGCAGUACAUCUGGUUACAAAAAGAAGUCCUGUUGUACAGAAGUCUAUGUGAAAAUGACCCUACUGCUGAUUGAUUGAGUAAACAGUUUUCAU